AUGGGCUACAACAAAGACCUAACUUCUCACACUCUUGCUCAUCACUGCAACAUUAACGACAUCAGAAACGAUGAGCAGAUCAUAGCUGGAUCCGAAGGAAAACCCAAAGAGAGGGAAAAAUACAUGCAUUCACGGUGGAAUCCGACACCUGAGCAGACGAUGGUGCUUGAAAAGGUUUACAGCAGCGGAACACGGACACCGACGACCCAACAGAUCCAAGAUAUUGCAUCUAAGCUCCAAAAGUAUGGGAGAAUUGAAGGAAAGAACGUUUUCUACUGGUUCCAAAACCAUAAGUCAAGGGAGAAGCUGAAACGACGCCGUGGUGAUCAACAAGGAGUUACUGCUAUUAAUAACGUUCAUGAAGAAUCACUAAACAAGGACAACGCUACGGCAAACAAGGCUUCAUCAUCUGUCUCUAGAAGGAGAGGAGAUCAUCGAGUUAUUCACACAAGAACUAGUUUAUCUUCUUCACCCACACAUCCACAGAAAAAUAAUGUUGAUGAUGGGAAGAGGGAACACUAUGAGACAGGAGUGAAAGAUGAAGAAGCCACUGGUCAAAAUCAGAAAAAUCCAAUUUACACUUCAGAAUUUAAAUACCAUCUGAAAGUUGCUUCUAAACCAAGUCAAGAAGCAGAUCAGCAGUACACUCUGAAUGAUGAUGAUGAUGAUGAAGAAGAAGAAGAAGAAACAAGGAAAAGCCGAACGUUAGAUCUCUUUCCGGUUACAGAGAACCAAGAGACAACCGGUUUUGCAGAGACGAACACAAAACCAAACCAGUUGUACUGCAACUACUGUUAUUAUUACGAGUUCAUGCCUCUGAUGAACUGA